CUUCUGUUCCUUGUUUCCUUACCUGUCAAAAAUCAAGGUUUCUUAUCUCGUUUCGUUUCAUCGUUUCGUUACAUUUUUGUCUGUCAGAUUGCAAUUGUCAAUUACUUCAGCUACGUUUUAAUUUUUAAUUAUUGCUCCGCAUUUUCUCAAUUCGUCGUCUACAUGAGUUAUUCAGUGCAGUCAAGUGAUUAACCAACCCAAGUGCAUUUCGUUCAUGUCAAGUAAAUCACAGCAUCUCAAUGUCAGAGGAGCAAACACAUUUAAAACUCUCUCUUCCUUCCGAUGACGUUCAAAGCACAAAUUCAGUAAUUUCUCUCUCUUCAUCAGAUAUUGGUGAAGAUUCAUGUACAGUACCAGAUGUUGAUUUUGCCCCAGGACCCAGCAACAGGGCUUCCCUGGACUCACCGAGAAGCAACUGCGAACAUCAGCCUCUACUAGGCCGAAUGGAUUUUGAUACCUCAUACAACCACUUUCCGGAUGAUUUGGAAUUUAAACAAGUAAUUAAACAAGCUGAACUAGCAAUAGAAAAUGGGAUUCUUCCACAACGCAUUUAUCAAGGCUCAAGUGGAAGUUAUUUUGUUAAAAACACAGCAGGGAAAAUUAUCGGUGUCUUUAAGCCGAAGGAUGAAGAGCCGUAUGGUAGAUUAAAUCCUAAGUGGACCAAAUGGAUGCACAAACUUUGCUGUCCGUGCUGUUUUGGCCGCUCAUGUCUCAUCCCUAACCAAGGUUACUUGUCUGAGGCUGGAGCUAGUCUGGUUGACCAUAAACUCAACUUGAAUAUCGUACCAAAGACGAAGGUCGUUAGACUAGCUAGCGAAACAUUCAAUUAUCCUCGCAUUGAUCGUGAAAAAACACGGAUGAAACAUGUAAUCAAUGAGCGCUGCCCAAAAAUUGGCCGUCGUUUUUCAAGACUGGGUUUAAAACCGAAGAUUGGUUCGUUCCAAUUAUUUGUCGAGGGUUUUAAGGAUGCUGAAUACUGGUUGCGUCGAUUGGAACUAGAGCCGCUGUCAGCAAGUGUGGAAAAACAGUUCCAGCUCCAGUUUGAGAAGAUGGUAGUGCUUGACUACAUUAUUAGGAACACCGACCGUGUGAAUGAUAACUGGCUUAUCAAAUACCACCAGCCAGAAAUCAGCAACAUUGAGUCUAUUCCUGGUGGAGAUGCUGAAUCAGAAUUUGAUACGCAUAAUGCAUCGGAUUGGAAUGUCGUGGAUAGUCCUUCAAUAACGAUUGCUGCCAUUGACAAUGGUUUAGCUUUUCCUUUCAAACACCCCGACUCUUGGCGAACGUAUCCUUAUCAUUGGGCCUGGUUACCUCAAGCAAAAACUCCAUUCAGUAAAGAAACGAAAGAUUUAGUUCUCCCAUUACUCUCUGAUAUGAACUUUGUGCAAGAUCUCUGUGAUGAACUUUAUAAUUUAUUCAAGCAAGAUAAAGGUUUUGAUAGGCAUUUAUGUGAGAAGCAAAUGAGUGUGAUGCGAGGUCAGAUUGCUAAUCUAGUGAAAGCUCUCAAAGAUGACAAAAGCCCCGUUCAGUUGGUUCAAAUGACCCCAUUCAGCCUGGAGAGAUCGAAAGGCAGAGUUGGGACAACAUCACGUUUCCGGUCCUUCAGUACAACUUUCACGCAGAAGUUCCAAGAUAAAAGCCCAUUAUUCUCUUGGUGUUGAGUUACUAUGGUCUCUUAUGGUAUUGCGUCAACUAAUAUUUAUUUCGUUUUUUCUUUUUUUUUUCACUUGCUUUUUUUGUCAGAGGCUGAUCGCCUUUCAGUAUAUUUUCUAUCUGCAUUUUAUUUUUACACUAUCACAAAUUUAUCACUUGUCUAUUGUAUUGAGUACAUUCACACGGAUUUUAUUCCCCAUCUCUCACUUUUAUUAUCUCUCUAUCAUGUUUUCCCUCUCUCUUAGCUUUAACUUUUUUCUCCCUUUUUCUUAAGGGCCCUUUAAUUCUGUUUAUCUCCAUGUCUUCAAUUUUAAUUUUUCGGAACUAAUGUUUUUAUAUGUUGUAACUGAAAUAAGUUUCUUUAUUUGUUUCUAUUCUUCUUCCUUGUUGAUGUAAUUAUCGUAAUCAUCAUAAUAGUGCAUUCAAAACCAUCUUCAAUCGAUGUAGAUUUAGAAAUAGUAAUAAGUAGAAUAAUUACUUUUCUAGACUUCUCCUUUUAUACUGGCUUUUUAUCAUUCUUAUUUUAUUUUGAAAAGAUGAUAUUUUUCUAAAAGUCUUUAAAAUAACCCUCCAUCUAAGUUUUCAAAUGAAGUUCUUAACAGUUUGGAUUUGUUUCAAGAAUGUUUUUAACUAACAUGAAGUUGUUUCAGCAUAUUGUGUGUUCAUGAUUGAAUUGUUGAUUUCAAUAGGUCAACUUUUGUAUUCAAGGGUUAUUUUAAAGUGAAACAUGUUUCAGUUCUCUCUAACGCUCUUGAUACUUAGCAAAUCUGAUUUCUCUAAGAAAUUGAUCAUACGACUUAAUCGUAUGGAUUUUUGACCUUCAAUUCCUUGAAAAAAGAAUUACCUAUUCCACUGCAAAAUCAAGGCCCUGAAGAACCAAGCUUGAAAAAUGCAGGUCUAUCGAUAGAUAAAUCGUUGUUCUUGAUUUGCUACUGAGUUCCUAACGUUUCUGUAGGUGUGGCACAAGCUUAAAAAUCUCACAGUAAUGGUGCGAAGUCCGUCACUUUUUGGGCCAAAUUGACACCAGGCUUUUCUUUUUCAACCUUCAUUCAUGAUCUAUUUUCCCUCUCAUUUUUGGAGGAAGAUGAAAAUUUGAGGGAACUAGGUUGAGACUACGAGAGAGAAAUCUUUAAUUUUCCAAUGAGGGGUGUGCCCGAACAAUUAAGUUUUUAAACCUGAAAAGCGCAAGUAGACAUGGCUGGGCUCAUGAUGUAAAGAUUCCAAUAUUCAUGCUUUUUGAAGAAAUUAUGUACAUAAUGUCAAGUGACUUCUCACAUGCAUCAAGCAAAACCAACUAAAGGAAACAAUCAACGUUUGUAAUUUUCUAGGAAAUGAGCUUUAUGUGUUUAAUGCCAAAUGAAAUGGAUUUCAUCUUUUAAUAUUGUCUUUAUACUCCUAGAUCCGUAGGGACAGCCAGUCCUUUAUUAUCUUUGAGAGUAAUUAACCUCUUAGUGACUUGGAAUUUAGCAUACGUAAAUUAAUGUGGAAGUUGAAAGAAUGAAAAAUCCAACAAUACAAACGAAUCAAUUUUGUCAUCAAUAAUUUUCAGAGAAAAACAAACAGAUUAUUACUUUCAAAAUGACCCUUGCACAUGAAUUGGUCAAGUGAUUGAUUAUGUAUCUCAAUUUAUCCUUACGUUCAAUAUGCAUCCUUUUUUUCAUUAUUUCUUUUUAUCAUGACUCUUUGUCUCCAUGUUUAUCCCCGAAAAACUUGUGAUACUGUUGAAUUUGAAUUAGCAUGAGAGAAGUUGUGAUAUACUUUGAAACUUCCUGACCGAGUUCUGAGAAUAUUAUAUUUUGUCAAAAAUAAAAGUCCUAGUCACCCUUAUACAUAGCGUACAGUUGAGUCACGUUCAUUAAACUUGUUUUCCUUGUAAAACAUUGGCAUCUCAGCAAGUUCCACUGAGGUUUCAUUCCAAAAAUUAACUUAUACCGGUUAAAAUGUUUGGAACUAGUUGGUAUUUCUUGUUUUUUUUUAAUUGAAAGUUAUCCAUUGUUUUAAAGGUUUUAAAUAAUAACUGUGCGAAUUGCAGUAUCUAAUAAAAACUGUUAUUUUUAUGAGUA